GAACCGGAGCAGCGCUGCUUUCCAGGAAAAACAAUCAGAGUUUGUAAGCAUGAGCAGCGCAGUGGACGACUGCAUCCAGUUCACUCGCCACGCGGGCGACGUGCUGUUCAACUUCAACCGUCUGCGCAGCCGGAACAUCCUCACCGACGUCACCGUGCUGGUCGGUGGCCGAGAGUUUCACGCCCACAAGGCCGUGCUCAUGGCCUGCAGUGGCUUCUUUUACUCCGUCUUCAUCAACACAAACAAAACCGACUCGGCGGUCGUCAGCUUGGACCCGAAGGCCGACCCCGACGGUUUCGCCGUCCUGCUGGAGUUCAUGUACACUUCCUGUUUGACGUUGAAGGAGCAGUUCAUCGUGGGGACGCUCAACACUGCCAUCUACCUGCAGAUGGAGCACAUGGUGGAAACCUGCCGACGGUUUAUGGAGUCCAGGGGCUUGAACAUAAAGCUGCCGGGCGAGGAACCGCCAGCGUGCUUCAGGGCCCGUUCUCCUCCAGUGGUGCACUACGCAGUCAGUACCUCCACAAGCAACCCCACCCGCUUCUACACCCGCCCCCCUCCGCCGCCGAGUUCCAUCUCCAGCACCAAACCACAUUCCUGGAAAAUUCCACACAGCGGCGUUUCAAACCCGGGUGUCUGCCCAGGCGGAAAUCCGAGUCCCGGUCUGACCAGACAUCCCUCGGUUCACAUCAGCGAUGCGAGCGCGACGUCCAUCCCCGGCGCCCGUCCGCCAGUGCUGCACCAGCUGGACCGGACGGACAGGAGGAGCGUAAAGGAGGAGGAGAGCGAGCUGGAGAACUUCGUCCAUUCGCACAUCGUCGACCCGCGCAGCCCUCUGAAGUCAGACUGCCAGCCGAACUCUCCGGCCGAGUCGAGCGGCUGCGGCGGCGAGGCGGCGGCCUCCCCGAAGGUGCACAACUGGAAGAAGUACAAGUUCAUCGUACUCAACGAGAAUCCGCACCAGAACGCAGCAGAACUGAUCCGGUCCGAUGCUAACAGAUCUGAAGGGAAAUGUGAUCAAACCCUGAAGGAUCAGUCGUCGUUCUCCAGCCCCACUCACACCCCGAGAGACGAGAACAUGGGGAGCAGUCCGGAGAUGAGAACCGGUGAAAAGCCCUACCACUGCACCGUGUGCGGAGCUCAGUUCAACCGGCCGGCGAACCUCAAGACCCACCUGCGCAUUCACUCGGGGGAGAAACCCUACAAAUGCGACACGUGCGGCUCCGCCUUCGUCCAGGUGGCUCACCUGAGAGCUCACGUGCUGAUCCACACCGGAGAGAAACCGUACUCCUGCUCGGUGUGCAGCACCCGCUUCCGGCAUCUGCAGACCCUCAAGAGCCACAUGCGCAUCCACACGGGCGAGAAACCCUACCACUGUGAGAUGUGUGAUCUGCGGUUCCGCCACAAGAGCCAGCUCCGGCUACACCUGAGGCAGAAACACGGCCCCGUCACCAACAACAAAUCCCCCCAUCACUGAGAGCCGGAGGGACUGUUUGGUCUUUUUGGUGCAGCUUUCAGCCGCGCUAAACGCUUGCAGUUUGUCUUUGUUACUAGUGCGCAAGUCUAAGGCCGUGUUCACGCAGUCGUUCUUCGUCUUCAAGUCUGUCUGAAAGGGCGUACGCGCCGCUCGGGUGGCUCAGUGGUCUGUCGACCCAGCCUGGCUUCCAAAACACACGAUAGGGCCUCCGCGCCUGAGGGAGGGAUGUCGGCCGAGUUUCUUGUUUGUGCUGCAAAUGCGACACGCGACGUCUACAGAAUAGCGUAGCGUGUCUCUGUGUACGUGAUGAGGUCCUCUGUGAGGUUCCGCCUCUGACAGGUGAAAAGAAGCGGCAGGCAGCUGCAAAAAAAUGCAUAUAUGUUUUGUCAUCGAGUUGCAGAUGAGGAUGUUGGCGGAGUUGGCACACAGUGCUGGCAAAUUUGCAUCUUGAACUACUUAUAAUAAAUAAGUGGUGCACCAGCGUCGAGAUUUUGAACUCCUCGGUUCGAAACUCGGCAUUGCCACCGGUCGGCUGGGCGCCAUCUAGCGGGCAUAAUUGGCAGUGCCUGCAGCGAGGGAUGAACGGAAUAUGUAGGCAGGGUCUUAAAACGCUGUGUAAGGACCCUAAUUGGCGGAUAGAGGUGCCUGUAUAGAGUGUAUGGGUGGAAAAGGGUUCCGUUAAGGGCUGCACGUGGGUCAGAGGAGGCGUGAGCAGCAAUGUACCCACCUCGACUGCAAAUCAACGGGAUCCCCAGCAACGGAAGACAAAUUUACUACACUAAAAAUGCAUAAAAUAUAUAUACUGAUGGCUGUGUACUAAUUUAUGGAUGUACUACAGAGCGAUGUGGAUUAGGACACAGCCAUAGUUGCUUGGAAGCCACCGGCUUUUCUGUAGACUGGACAUGAGAAUUAUUCGGUAUUAUUAAGUCCGUAAAAAAAUGCAAAAAUAUACCAAUAAAACGCAAUAAACACAAACCUGGACCAUUUUGGUUGAGAGUUAAAAGCCGCCUUGUUUCUCCUUCAUCUCCUCCUGUAACCUGAGUGACUGAAGCUCAGUGUCUGAUUGGCUGCUGCAUUAUGACAUCACAGUGUGCCCUGUCAAACGUUCAAACUUGGACAAAACCUGGUCCAUGUAAACACAGCCUAAAGACCCAGACACACCAUAAGCUUGGCGUUCGUGUUGCUUCAUAAAGUGGGCAUGGUCACACUCACUGGGACCAGAAAUGCUUUGCCGUUGUGCUUUAGUUAGCUAUUUAGUAGUAUCUGACUUGUCUUUUAGAAAUGAAUUCUGCUUUUGCAGCUUCAUAGAUGCAGUUUAUCGUCUCUAAAUGUGUCCGAGGGACAAGAUCAGGUCCAGCGUGAACUCUUAAGUUUUAAGCGACGGGCGUUUGUUAGCAAGCUAAGCUAACUCGGCCCUUACAAACAGUACGAAACAAGCGCAAAAUAGAUGAACACAUUCUGAUCUAUGCUGGGAAAAGUUCUGCAAAACCUUUUUGGUUAAAUAUAUUUACACUGGAAGUUGUUGCAGAUUCACCUACCAAAGUGAAUUAAAUUGGUUUGAAUGUACUGAAUUAUGCACAUAAAAACCUGCAGUGAUCAGGACUGCAUCAUGUAACACGGUUCAAUCAAUCAUUCGGUUCAUGCGUCAUGUAAUACACAGGCAAAAAAGAAGUCCAGCUCAAUACGAUUUUCUAAUAUAACCACAAUUCAGAAGAAGUUGGGACAGCAUGGAAAAUGCAAAUGAUAAAAAACACAGAGUCUCUUACAUUUACAUUUAUUUGACUUUUAUUUGAUUGCAGACAGGAUGAAGCUGAGGUAUUUCAUGUUUUGUCUGGUCGACUUCAUUUCAUUUAUUAAUAAACAUCCAUUCCUGCAUUUCAGGCCUGCAACACAUUCCAACAAAAGUUGGGACAGUAAAGCAUUUACCACUUUGUAAUGUCUCCGUUCCUUUUCACCACACUUAAAAGACGUUUUGGCACCGAGGAGACCAACUGAUUUAGUGUUUCAGCUUUUAUUUUGUCCCGUUCUUCCUGCAAACACGUCUUAAGAUGUGCAGCAGUACGGGGUCGUCGUUGUCUGGAUCGAAGAUCACAGGCGUUCAGCUUAAACUUGCGCCUUUGGCCUUGCUUUAAUGAUUUUCUGCACUGUAGAGGGAGAAAAUCCCUUCCAAUCUUUAUUUGAGGUUCAUUGUUUUUAAAUAUUUCAAUCAUUUUCUCACACAUUUGUGGACAAACUGGAUCCUCUGAUCAUCUUUACUCAUCAGAGACUCUCAGCCUUUCCUGGAUGCUGCUUUUGUACCAAACCAUGAUCACAAUCACCUGUUUGGAAUCACAUCAUUAUUUAGUUUUUCACCUCAUUACUCGCCCUCAAUUGCCCCCGUCCCAACUUUUUUUGGAGGCCUGUUUGUUGCAGGCCUGAAGUGCAGGAAUGGAUGUUUAUUAACAAAUGAAAUGAAGUUGACCAGAUAAAAUAUCUCAGGUUCAUCCUGUUUUAUUUUAUUUGCAUUUCCCAUACUGUCCCAACUUUUUCUGAUUUGGGGUAGUGGACUCGUAUAUUUAACAUAUUUUAAUUGUUUCAUGCAUCCUGGGUGAAGUUAAUGUUUCUGUAUCUGCUUUACAUUCAUGAAUGUUAUUUUGAGGCUGUUUUUAUGUGGUACUCAUGACGAGGUUCUCUGUAAAUCAUUUAAACUGUUAUUUAAAGCUAUUUUAUAAAAACGCUGUAUAGUAUUUUGAUACACUGGGGCAGGUGGGGCUGUAAUAAAAUAUUUCAUAUUUCAUAUUAAA